UAAUUGUCUACGUGUACGUCAGCGCUCGUUGUUCGUCACAUGCCCACACCGACCAAUUUGAAGCACGUAUGCACUGCCCCGCUCGGCGUCAUCACACAAGCUCCGCUUCUCCAGGCACUCCGCUCGGUCGUGGUAGGCAUAUAAACGGGACGUGCACUCCUCCUUGUCACACUGACGUGCACUGCCGCUAUGCCCACCACUCUUCUGCUCUUCAUUGCUCUCGCGUCCGCCUCCCCCGUGCCCGAGGGCUCGCUCCUCCCCCGCACCGUAGUCAACACCAUCCGCUGGCGCGGCGACGCGACGCGGAACCAGCUGACGAGCUGCGCCUCCGCCGGGCCCGAGGGCUCGCGCAACGGCGACAGACUUGACCUCAUCCCGCAGCCGAUGCGCUACUGCGGGACAUCGUGGUACCUGAACGACGGCGCAAUCGGGACGGCGUGGCCCGGUGCGCCGUUCACGGGCCGCUGCAUCGACUCGACGCUCUACCCCGGGAACGGCGUGCAGCCGCACAUGUGGGACUGCUACGCCGGCGCGUGGCAGCAGAGCUGGACGCACCAUGCCAACGGCCAGAUCGAGCUGACGGGCCGCGGGUACUGCCUUGACGUCAGGGACGGCGUGGCGAGCAACGGCCUCCAGCUGUGGGAGUGUGUCGACGGCAACAUCAACCAGCAGUUUGACAUCGUCGCGUGGACUCCGCCUUAGGGGCUCGAUGUCGGUCAUUGAGCAGGACCAUGGAUAGUGGUCGAGAAAGGGAGAAUGCGUAGGACAAUGAACAGUGGUCUGCUUCGGAAGCUGCAUCCAAAGCAUCCAUCCGCAUCUGAAGGGCUUGCUCUUUGCAAGAGGUCCACGAAGGAGAAACGAAACUACACUGCUCGUGCAUCAGUGUCGGAAGCGGCGUUCUUUGCGCAACAUUCCGAAACUGCGAUUCCACUGGAAACCAGUUCAGAGUUUACUAGGUGAAAUACCGCGGGUGCAGUCUUAGAAGCACGGCAGAGUUGAACGAUCGGAGUGGCCAGUAGUCUCAAUGAACACGCUCCACCCGCGCAUCCAGUCAUGGGGGAGGCAGCCACAGCACAUGCAUUCCGCGGAUAAGGAUCUGUG